AUGGAUGAAUCAAUUUUAAACCAUUUAUUCCUCCCUCAUUAUCUACCAAAUUCAGCUGAUGAAGAUUUUUUGAUUAAAGGCAAACACGAAAAUGAGUACAAACUGCUUGACUGCCUUGAUGAAUAUUUCAAUUCAAUCGCUCCUACUCAUUUACCGUUUACUCUACCUGUCUUUCGCAUUCUCCACGAUGGCAUCAAACGUUGGGCUGCAUUUCAGAAUCCUCAGAAUUUCUCCGCAUCAAAUAUACAAUCCACCAUUGAAAAACUAUCAUCUGGAAGUUUCCUUCCACUUUAUUUUCACACACAAAAUGCUUCAAUCCUAAUUGAAAUCGAUGAAAAGAAUCAAGCAGUAGUUUCAGCGUGGGAAGUUCUGUUAUCAACUUCAGAAAUAACUUCAUCAGUCACACGACAUUAUUCCUGCUUUCCUGUAGCUACCUAUCGAUUACGUGAUCGAAAUCAGCUGUCAGCAAAGACUCAUUGUGAAGUCUUGGUAGAUUUCAUGAUGAAUACGAUUGAAUAUUCCAAGCUACCAAAAGUAUCUGGUAAAGAAGAGGAAAUACUUGAUGUGCCCGAAUCACAUUACGUAUGCCAAUGGUGGAUUCAGCACUUUCAAGGAUUGAUAGACAAUGAUACGACUGAAAUCUGCCUGCCGUUCAAGAAAAAACAUCGUGAUCAAGUUCGAUCAAAAAGCGAAUCAUCACCUUUUCGUCGUUCGGGACUCUGGAUGACUAUCAAAGUGGUAGUACAAAUUAUUUUAACGAAAUCUUUGAAAGAAAAUGCGAUUAUCAUUUAUAAACUAUUCGUAACUCAUUUUCUCACGUACAUUAUCUGCACAAGACCGCCUCCAGUCGACUUAUUGGUGCAUUCGAUCAGAAAAAUUGUACGACGAUUGAAUAAAAUUGAUCAUUUAAUAAUUUCUUCAGCGUCCGAAAGUAUAAAUCAAUGGAUUGAAAAUACAAAGAAUGACAUACAAGAUAGUAUCAAUCGGAUCUUUCCCAAAUCAGAUUGGCAACAAGCGGUUCGCAUGAAUGAGAUCCGAAAUGAAGAUUUAUCAAUGGAGAAUUUCCAUUUGAACAAUACAAGAAUUUGUAAACAUUUAUGUAGAGAUCUAAAAGCAUAUCUGGAUGGUAGUGCCGUACGAGAAGCAUUGGAAACAGGCGUAGACACGAAUGGUCACUACGGUGAUUCAUCUCAAAAUACUAAAAACAUCGAUUAUGUACCUUCUCUUGAGAGUUUAACAAACAAGUGUAGACAUACUAUGGGCGUCGCGUUGACUCGUUUAGAAAUAUGGGUGGACACGCAUCUAGAACAAUGGAUCAGUCAUGGCGACCUAGCUGGACGUGAGAAAAAAUUUCAAGAUUUAUUAGUUUUUUUCGAAGAGUAUCAAAAUGCAGCACUGACGCAUUAUGGUUCAACAGAUCCCGUCGGCUAUAGUCGAUUUAUCCUAACAUCAUUGACAAUUAUUCGCUCCAUGCACCAUAAACUAUGCCAAGAUAACAUAUUAAAACGACUGAAUGCACAUUCGAUUCAAAUUCCUAAUCUCAUCGAAUUAUUCGAAUUUUUGGUGUUACCAAAUCGAGACGAUAUGGUCAGAGCCGAAAGUCUCUACGACUUCUUCAAGGAAUUUGCUUCUAAAUCAUAUCCCGAUCUUUUAACAGACAUUAAGCAUGUCAAUGCAUUUGGUGUUUACUAUGCUGGUCAAUCACUGGCAAUGAAUAACAGUAUAAAACAAAUUCGACGCCAAGCCGAGAUUGAUAAACAGAACAAAAUACAGGAAGUUCAACAAGCGAAACAGCGAUAUACACGUCUUAUGGAUUCCAUACGCGGCCGACCAUGUUCAUGCUAUUAUGAUUCAGAUUAUAAUUCAUAUAUCGAAUGCAAAGUAUGCUCAAUCAGCGCGACAGCAGAUCGUAUAACAGUGAGCAUUUUUGAAAAUCCAAUGCCAGUUCAACGCGAAAGUGCAUUAGCUGUCAUUUUCGAACUACAAAUGCCGAGUGAAAUUCGAUGUUAUAGAGAAGUUCUUUGGCAAUUUCUUAAUCGACCUAAGCACAAUUCAAGCAAUAUGAUGCAUAGAUGGUUAAAUGUUUCUCCUCAUCAAACGAAAUUGAGUUCAUACUACCAUGGUCCAGAGAAGUGUAAAGUAAACCUCGUUUCUUCUACAACUUCCGUAACACAGAAUUAUUCUUCUCAUCCGCCAAGGGUUGGCUCAACAGCCAUUGAAGGUUUUCUAUUCGAAAAUAGUCUAGAGGUGCGCAUCUCUCCUACACAACCAAUUGAAUUCAAAGAGGAGCAGCACAUGUUAACUCCUCAGCUCAACCACUCCGAUUACAAACAAUUACAAUUUGCUAUAAACAGCACAGGAUUUAUUCAAAAUGAUGUUAUUGCGAAAUUAUCCAAUUGUUCAUUGGAAAUUCAACCUAAAGAAUUUGUUGAAUUUGGUUCAUUUCGAUCGGGUCAUCGUUUACAAUGGUGGAAUCUUCUAGCAGCACUCGAAACGGAUUCCUUGUCUAUUGCUGAAGAAAGUGUAGCAAUAUUAAUUACACACUCAAUAUUACAGUAUGGUCCGGUAGCUGACAAUAAAAGUAAUACAAUAAAUUCAUGGUGCUCAGAAUCGCAUGAACAAUUAUUACAGGAUCAUUUUGUUGACGAAUUGAUCGGAAGAAUGACUCGUCUUUUGGAUGAUUGCGAACUAAAUUGGCAGAAUGAAUUAGUGUUAAUUGUCAUAGCUAUGAUAACUAUGAGAAUAUUGACUAUUUGCAAUUCAACCCGAGAAGAUCAUGUUGCUACAUUAACAUUGAAAUGUCGUAGGACAGGUGAAAAAUGGAUUCAACUUAUUUCAGAAAGUAUGGAAACGAUUGAUUCAUCAGCUUUCGACGAAAUGGCCAAACUUCGCCAGAAAAUGGUUAUUAUCGGUACUGCUUGUCUUCUAACGUUUUCAGCACCAGUAGAUCGACUUAGACGUCUACUAUCAUCCAACGGACACGUGAUAUCUUUACUGAAAGCAUCCACGAUUGUUCAUGAUAAUUCUGUUUUGAACAAGAAUCGAUCGAGCCUAAGCACUUUUAUGCAAAAUAUUCUAAGAAUGAAAGAACGAAUACUAGUUAUGGUACAGCCGACGCUUACUGAGUUUCUUGAAUGA